AAGAGCUGAGGAAUGUGAUUGACAAACUGGCCCAAUUUGUUGCACGAAAUGGGCCAGAGUUUGAAAAGAUGACGAUGGAGAAGCAGAAGGACAACCCAAAGUUCUCCUUUCUCUUUGGGGGAGAAUACUUCAGCUACUACAAGUGCAAGCUUGCCAUGGAACAACAGCAGCAUCCCUCUACCCACGAUGGGGAAGAGUAUAAGUCUGAAGAUAUGUACAACCCAGGUGCCAAAGAUGUGGUUGAUAUGCCUACUCCAUCAAUGCCCAUGAUUGCUCCACCUUCGAUUCCUCCACCUGCUACACCCCCCAUCGAUGAGCUCAUCCAACAGAGCCAGUGGAAUCUGCAACAGCAGGAGCAGCAUCUGCACACACUCAGACAGGAACAAGUGACUGCAGCCAUUGCUUUGGCUAUGGAGCAGCAGACCCAAAAACUGCUGUUGGAAACUCAUUUGGACAUCACAGAGUUUGACAACUUGCUGCAGCCCAUCAUAGACACCUGCACCAAAGAUGCCAUUUCUGCUGGCAAGAACUGGAUGUUCAACAAUGCCAAGACUCCACCGCACUGUGAACUGAUGACAUCACAUCUUCGCAACCGCAUCACUGCUGAUGGAGCACAUUUUGAGCUCCGUCUACACCUCAUCUAUUUAACCAAUGACGUUCUCCAUCACUGCCAGCGGAAGCAGCAGAAGGAUUUGUUAGCAGCGCUGCAGAAAGUUGUUGUUCCAAUUUACUGCACCAGCUUUCUGGCUGUAGAGGAAGAGAAGCAGCAGAAGAUCACCAGGUUGUUACAGCUUUGGGAAAAAAAUGGCUACUUCAAUGAGGAGACCAUUCAGCAGCUCCAGAAUCCUGCACUGGGCCUUGGCCAGUAUCAGGCAUCCCUGAUUACAGAGUAUGCUGCAGUAGUGCAGCCGAUUCAGCUGGCCUUCCAGCAGCAGAUCCAGGCUUUGAAGACCCAGCAUGACGAGUUUGUGUCCAGUCUGAAGCUGCAGCAGCAGCAGCAGCAGCCGCCGCCGCAGACAACCCCUGUAGGACAGCUUGCUACUCCUGCAGAACCUGAAAAGCCCCCCCAAAUAACUCCAAAAUCUGGAGAUGUGAAGCCUCCAAUGUCAGGUCCUCCUCCAGGGGAGUUUGAUGGAGCUUCAUCCAGACCACAGGACCCCAGCAACCCCAGUGGAGCCCCAGAUAUCCCCUCAAGCAAGCCGGGAUGGUAUGACCCCCAGCACAUGGGCCCCUGGAACCCCAACCAGCCGCCUCCUUUUGACCCAAACCAGCCUCCUCCUCCUUGCCCUCCUUGGAACAGCCAUGAGGGAAUGUGGAAUGACCAGAGGGACCCAGGGAACUGGAGUGGAGGUCCUCCUAGAGAAGGAAGCCCCUGGAGUGGUCCAAGUGGGUCUGAUCCAGGUCCCCCAUCUUGGAACUCAUAUGACCAGCAGCCGCCUUGGGGGAACCAGCCUGACCAGCCUCCUUGGGGUCAAAGGGAGCCCCCAUUUCCUCCACGCAUGCAGAGACCUCCCCAUUUCAGAGGACCCUUCCCUCCACACCAACAGCCACCUCCUUUCAACCAGCCCCCACCACCACCACACAGUUUUGGACGCUUUCCUCCACGCUUUAUGCAGGAGGAAUUUGCCCCUAGACACCACUAUGAUCGACCGCCAUACACCCCGCAUCGCUUUGACUAUGCUCAGGGGGAAUAUCCCGGAGACAUGCCAGGCCCUCCCCCCCACCACCAUCCCAAUCAGAGGCUACCUCCACCAGGAAUGGGAGCUGAUCAUCCUCCAUGGGGUGGAGGCCAGCACCCAGAUUUUGGCCCGCCCCCACAUGGCUUUAAUGGCCAUUCACCACACAUGCGCCAUCGACAGCAUCAGGUUCAAGAUGACCCCAGUCUGGUGCCCAAUGUGCCCUACUUUGACCUGCCAGCUGGUCUAAUGGCUCCGUUAGUGAAACUUGAAGAUUGUGACUAUAAACCUCUGGACCCUAAGGACAUCCGGCUGCCUCCUCCCAUGCCACCAAGUGAUCGACUGCUAGCUGCUGUGGAAGCUUUCUACAGCCCUCCAUCCCAUGAUCGGCCAAGGAACAGUGAAGGCUGGGAGCAGAACGGCCUGUAUGAGUUCUUCAGGGCCAAGAUGAGGGCUCGGAGGAAAAAGGGACAGGAGAAAAGAAACAGUGGUCGUGGGGGCAGUCGCUCCAGGAGUCGCUCUCGAAGCCGAGGAAGAUCUUCAUCUCGCUCCAGCUCUCGCUCCUCCAAGUCCUCCAGAUCACGGUCGCGUUCAUCUCACUCCCACUCCCGCAGCCGCUCCUACUCACGAUCCAGGUCCAGGAGCAGAUCCAGGUCAUCUCGGAGUCGUUCUCGCUCCAGGUCCAGAUCUCGGUCACAUUCACCCACUAAGCGACGCCGUGGCCCCAAAUCCCGAAGCUCCUCCCCUACCUCCACAGCAGUGUUGGGAACUCCUUCCUCCAAACUGGCUACAGACACCAGGCUAGGGGAGGAGAACAAGGGUCAUCAGCUGCUGAUGAAGAUGGGCUGGAGUGGUUCAGGAGGUUUGGGGGCCAAAGAACAGGGUAUCCAAGACCCCAUCAAAGGAGGAGAUGUCAGGGAUAAAUGGGACCAGUACAAAGGUGUCGGGGUUUCACUGGACGAUCCUUAUGAGAACUAUCGCAGAAACAAGAGCUAUAACUUUGUUGCCCGUAUGAAGGCAAGAGAAGAAGUAAAUAGGGAAUCCCAGGAACCUCCUUCAACUGACUGAUGUCAGCAAAUGGUGUUGAACAGCGUCUUCUUCUUCCCUGUCAUCACUUUCACCAAUGACUAGUGUUUCACUGUUUUUCAUCCUGGAUACUUUUCACCAGUCUAAAAUCCUUCCUCUUUUCUCAGAAGUCAGAGUGAUGAUAACAAAGUAGUAAAGCCUGUGAAAGAGUGCAAAAACUUUGUGUUGCUUUUUGGAAAAGUUUGUUCAAGCAGAAAACAUAAGAGUUGCAGAUGGAGUGAUCGGAACUAACACUGGUAACAACACAAAGCUCCAACAUUACAGUCAAUUUAAAAGAUGGAUCACAGCACUUAAAUCAUAUUUCAGUCCUAGUGUGUCUUUUUUUAUCAGUCUCUAAAUGGAGUGUCACACUUGUACUAAAAGGCUCAGUCAGACUGUACCUCAACAUUUAUGAUGGCUACAGAAGUGAAUGCUGAGUGUGAAAGCAGUGAUUUUGAAAGUGAGUGGACCCUCUUUAGUAUAUACAUGUUAACAGCUACAGUACGUUCAUUUAUCUUAAUGUGGGGCUUACAGUUAUUUUCAUUCUUCCACUUCAUGAUGUCUCCAAAAAUUGCUGUCAGUUUUAUUUGCAGAAGAUUUUGAAAAUAAUUCCUGUAUGAAACAAAUGAUGUUCAGCCAGGUAUUAUGCCUUUUUACUGAUCCACACGUCUUGCUAGGAAAGUAAUUUAUGUUGGUUGUAGACGUAGUCCAAAUCGGAGCUGCUCACUGUGGGCUUCGUCACAAGUCUCAUUGGUGGAAAGCUCAAAGGUUCUGCAAAUAAAACUCGAGAUGUAUAUAUAUAUAUGGCUAAAUAUCAUUAGGAGUAAGUAGAAAUGUUUUAUUAGGCUGAUCUGAGCCUUUAGGGCAAAAAGAAGAAUUAAAAGAUAUGAUGGCUCCUCUUUUGAAUCUUUGUGGUUUUUAAAUGUGUGUUCUUGUGACACUUUUUCAUGUAAUGACAUUGACUAAGACACAGCAUUCUGACAUUUAGUUGUAUUCAAAUAAAACCGUCUAAAGUCAUGAA